CACACAAAAGUCGCAACAAAAUAUCGUUUUGGAAUUUUUUACAAGGAACUCAAGAAGGAACAGCCAGUGCAUGAUUGAGGAUUUGAGCGCCUCAGAGAGCCACUGCCAGAUCGAAUGGCGUCCGAGGAGCGGGAUGGGGAUGUCCUGCUCCAGUUGCAGCCCGAGGAAAUCGGGGAAAGUGGCGCCCAGCUGCCCGAGCAAAUCGAGCGCUGUUCUGGACUAGACUAUAACGAUUUUUUCUGGCGCUUCAUGCACAAGAAUAUCCCGGUCGUCAUAGCGGACGUCUCCAACGACUGGGAGUGCCAGAACUGGACUGUGGCGGGAGUCCAGGACCAGGACCAGGAGUCGCGGGAUCUCAACUCCAAUGCGAGUGCAUCUUCCAUCAACUUUGACUACCUCAAGAGCAAGAUCAGCGAUUGCCCGGUUCCAGUUGCCGACUGCAAUUCGUCGUACUUCAACAGUCACACCAAGCUGGAGCUCAACUUCCACGACUACCUGGCGAAAUGGCGGAGUGGCAUCGAAAAUCAAUCAUCCAAUCGGCCGGCGGAAGUGAAUAGUAAUGUGGUUCCCGCGAGCAGGGACAAUCUCUACCUCAAGGACUGGCAUCUGGCCGCCCAAAUGCCGGGCUAUAACUUCUACAAGGUGCCUAAAUACUUCUCCUCCGACUGGCUAAACGAACAACUGAUUCAGCAGGGGAAGGACGACUACCGAUUCGUCUAUAUGGGGCCCAAGAACUCAUGGACCUCCUACCAUGCGGAUGUGUUUGGCUCCUUCAGUUGGUCCACCAAUAUAGUGGGCCUUAAGAAGUGGCUGAUAAUGCCGCCGGGAGAAGAACUCAAACUGAACGAUCGCUUGGGAAAUCUGCCCUUCAGCAUAGACGAGAAAAUGCUGGAUGAGCACCACGUCCGAUAUUACACCAUUAAUCAGCGCGCCAAUGAAGCUGUGUUCGUGCCCAGUGGAUGGUUUCAUCAGGUGUGGAACCUCACGGACACCAUAUCCGUCAAUCACAACUGGUUCAAUGCCUGCAAUAUAUCCUUGGUCUGGCAGAACCUUAGGAACAACCUGAAGGCCGUUUGCAAUGAGAUCUCCGACUGCCAGCAAAUGGAUAACUUUGAGGCCCACUGCCAGACAAUGCUGAGGGCCAGCUUUGGUAUCAACUACCUCGAUUUUAUAGAACUCCUGGAGUUUAUAGCCGCUCGCCGAUUGGCAGAAGCAACCGUAGCCACCAAGUUUUUACUGUUCGAUAGCUACAUAAUGAAUGAUUAUCACGUGCAAUACGAUCUCGAGUGCUUGAGGAAGAUCACGCGGAUUCUGACAGAGGAUCCGACUAUCCAGUGUAGUCCCCUUCAAUUAGAGGAUCGCUGCCAGGGAUUGCUCAGCCGAUUAGAGUUUUAGAAUAAGCAUAGCGAAAUGCCUCGGCAUAUUUUUAUACCAAACUUGUAUUCAUAUACAACCGAAAGUCGUAAUAUUUUAAUACAGACAUUUAAACACCAA